AAGUGCAUCCAAUGCCAUGGUUUCGCUUGCAGAAUCUAUCCCAAGUGAUACUAGUGCCCACUUUGAGGUACUCCCCACACCAGUAGUGGACGACGUUUACCACCAGAACGCACUCACACAGCAAGAGAGAGACUCCUCUGUCACGGUGAGCCAUUUCGGCAGGACACAAACACGUCCAUAUCACGCGGCUCUCUUUGCUACCAGGCAAGCCUGGCAUCAUUUUUCUGCAAAAUACUACUGGUGGGCAGUUGCUUCCGUUCGUCCCGCUGGUACAUUGAACACGACGGCACCCAACCCUGGCGUGGCACAAUAUCUUCUUGUGUAUGACUCGAGGCCUUUGGAACCAGACCUAGAAAGAAUGCAGGCCACGCGAGGCUUGCGCGAUUUUCUCCGAAAGGAUCAAUGUCGGAUGCUGAAAGUAUUGAAUCAGACAGUUCCCAUCAGGUAUAUUUUUCUCAAUCGAGCACGACUGCGGAUGCCGGACCUGGGUGAUUGCUUUCGAGAGACGUUGUGGUGGAUCUGGAAUGUGGUUCACCGUGGUGAUAUGCCAAUUGAAAUUGGAUCAGAGCUAAGCGAUCUUCGGUGGAAGGUAGUCGGCGCGAUCACUCUGGAGUUUGAACACGAUGAAGCAGAUACGGGGCCAAGGGCAGAUCGAAAAUUGAUUUUGCAAUCGAUAUCAAGAGCGGGUGAGCGUUGAAACGUCCAUUAGAUAGUUAGUGUUAGGUAGAGA